GACAUUACCGGAACGCGAAGAGAGAAGCGUGUUACUGGAUACAUUAGCACAUACGUAACAAUCUAGCCGUCGUAUCCCAACUGCACCGGAAACUCUCUAUUAUUAACCCUAAACUGGAUACCUCAGCUGUGCUGAGUCAUGAACAAUGCAGUGCAUUGCAGCCUCUACUGAAACUUUGAGUUGACAGGAAUUGCGCCUAGAAAAUUUGACAUUCUUCAUUAAAUUUUCAGAUUCAGUCUACCAUCCACCUUGAUACACAGUCAGAACACUGACAGGAUGAGCCCGAGUUUGUCCUGCAAAAUUUGUUCUUGGGUAUGAUACUCCAAAAUGCGAUCUGACACACACCUUGAAAACGUGUAGUGUGGUCCGAUAUACCGCUUAAUUCAGGAUCCUUAUGUGCCGAGUCUGGUAGUUGGGUAGGCGUGAGGAUUAAACAAAACUAUAAUGUUAUAUAUACAACUCCUAGUUGAAGAAAACAAGGUGCAAUACCCAGAUAUGACAGGUAUAGAGCUUGCGGUUGUCGUACAAAAUUUGUCCCAGUGUAUGAUAUACUGUAAAAUGCGUACUGAUACUCACUUUUAAAACCGGUAGUGCAAUCCGAUCUACGGUGAAUUCUGGAUCCUUUGGAGCUGCUUCUGGUAGUUGGACCAGACUUUCCCAGGAACCUAUUUGCUCUGCCUGCUAAAAACUCCAUCAGUUUUUAUACCAAAGAGCUUAGAAAAUUUAUUGGUGGAACAAGACUCAACAGAGAAGAUACCUUCAAAAAGGACACAUAAUACUACAGCGUGGCCACUGGAACAAGGUCUUCUUAAUUCAAAUUUAUGAAAAUAUACAGGUACAUUGGAGUAGACUUGUUGAAGAUAAAAAUUUGAACAAUGGCUUAUAAAGAAAGGGAAAGAAAAGAUGUACUUCUUAUUCUCCAAGAAUUGGAAAAGGGGAAAAAAACUGAGCCAUCAUGGCAGGAAAUGAACCAAUUGACAGAUCUGUGGCUGCAGUCCAGACAGAUGACUAGUCUACCAUCCAGCAUUAGUAGCUGCAGUAAUCUACAGUACUUAAAUUUAUCAUGGAAUCAUCUAACACAUCUCCCUGACUCUAUUUCGCAGCUAAAACAUCUGAGGAAGUUUGACCUUGGGCAUAAUGAUUUCAAAGAGUUUCCAACUCAAAUUUGUUCUUUGUCAGAAUUAAAAGAACUGAAUAUAAGGAACAACAAACUCACCAGUCUUCACCCAGAUGUCAACAAGUUGACCAAUCUUAUGUACUUGGAUCUCGGUUCAAACCAGUUCAUAGAUUUUCCAGCUGAAGUAUGCCACAUUCCAGAGCUUGAGACACUGAACAUUUAUCAGAACAAAAUCUCCAGUGUACAUCCUGAUGUCACAAAAAUGACCAAACUCACAAAACUUGACCUUGGUUGCAAUGAGUUCACAGAUUUUCCAGCAGGAGUAUGCAACAUUCCAGAGCUUAAGAUACUGGGAAUGAAUAGGAACAAAAUCUCAAGUGUACAUCCUGAUGUCAUCAAAAUGACCAAACUCACAAAUCUGGACCUUGAAAAAAACCAGUUUACAGAUUUUCCAGCUGAAGUAUGCAACAUUCCAGAGCUUAAGAUACUGGGAAUGAAUAGGAACAAAAUCUCAAGUGUACAUCCUGAUGUCAUCAAAAUGACCAAACUCACAAAUCUGGACCUUGAUCAAAACCAGUUCACAGAUUUUCCUGCUGAAGUAUGCCACAUUUCAGAGCUUGAAACACUGAAAAUGAAUUGGAACAAAAUCUCAAGUGUACAUCCUUAUGUCAUAAACAUGACCAAACUCACAAAACUUGACCUUGGUUCCAAUGAGUUCACAGAUUUUCCAGCUGAAGUAUGCAACAUUCCAGAGCUUAAGAUACUGGGAAUGAAUUGGAACAAAAUCUCAAAUGUACAUCCUGAUGUCAUCAAAAUGACCAAACUCACAAAUCUGGAACUUAGUGAAAACAAGUUUACAGAUUUUCCAGCUGAACUUCUAUUGUUUUUUACAGAUGGAAGCAGCAGUAAAGGAUCAAAAUUGGCAAGUUCAUUGGAUAGAAGACAAGCAGGACAAAGCAUGUCAGAUACAGCAGACACAAGUGCUUUAUGUAAGAAGCCCAAACCUGCAGAAAAGCUACUUAAAUGCAAAGUUCCAGACUUUAUAAGCAAAGAAGUCCUAGAAAAGAUAACAAGAGAUCUUGUUCCACGUGAUAUUAGGAAAGAAAUGGGAGCAGCCAUCCAGAAACAUUCAGUCUCCUUGCAACAAAGAUAUCCCAACAUCUCAAGAAUAUCUAUUUCAAGGAUUCAAGCAGAUGGCGCUGGUGAGAAAAAGCCUUGUAUUGCAGUAUACUGCAGUGACAUAACAAACAUGGCACACUUUCCUGAAAAGUUUGAGGGGUAUCCAGUUGAAGUCAGGGAAGGGACAUUUUCUCUUAAUGCUGACAAUGAAGGAAGCAGAGAUAAUGAUCAUAGUCAGUUACAUAUUGGAUGCUCUGUAGCUUCUAGUAGCCAGCUGCAGGGUAGUCUUGGGGUAUUUGUUAAUCACCACAGGGGUGGUCAUGCAUCAGCCCAGCCACAGGCAUUUGUUACAUGUGCCCAUGUAGUUUGCCCUUACAGCAAAGAGGCUGAAACAGCAAUUAACAAAUCUGUCUAUGUUGAAAACAACCAAACUUGGAAAAAAUGUGGGUUUGUUAGCAAAUGUUAUGUAGGUGAUGUUAAACUUGACAAUGGGUUUGGCUCAGAGAGAUCAUAUGGUGUAGACAUUGCACUAGUGGAAUUAAAUAAAAAUGCUGAAGCCAAUUUGUUUCCGAUACAAUCACAGCAAACAUCAUUCAGUGAUGUGGAUAUAAGAGAUGUAGAAGAUAUAUAUAAUGAUGAAGAGAACCCUAUCCUUGUGCACAAAUUUGGUGCAACCACGGGGCUGACACAUGGGGCGGUCAGUUUUGAGUAUGAUUACUGCCGUGAUAUUGAACUCAUUGAUGGUGUUCCUUCAGUUACCAAAUCACUUUCAAAUAUGAUAACAGUUUUAAGUAUCCCUACUCUUGAUAAACCGACAUUUUCUAAGAAAGGGGACUCUGGAUCUGCAGUGUAUGUGGAAUUGGAAAAUGGCAAAAAAGUUAUCAUUGGAAUAUUAGUUGGUUCAGCUAGUGACACAUCAGGUGAAGUCCCAGUGCACUGCGGCAUCGUUUCUAGAAUCCACCCUUCAUUGCAUCAGAUGCAGGCUUGCCUUUACUAG